AUAAGUAUGUAAUCUGUAUGUCAAGGAGUGUCUUCCAAGACAUGAAAAGGAUGGGAUCUUUGACUCUGAAGGUCCUGACAAAGGAGAGAGCUAGACUGGUGUCCACUGGUCUUCUCCAUCCUGAUCCACUGAUUCUGAGGGGCUACUUGUUGGGAGGGAAGGCACCGCCCUCCUCCCCCAGGGUUGGUUCUGUUGCUGUUAUCUCUUCAUUUCUGUCACCCUUCCCCUCAGGGUCAUGAGCAGAAUAAAUUGGAUCAGUGCUUCUGAAUUCCUCCUCCUGGAGCUCUCUGGGAAAACCAUUCACCAGCCGUUGCUGUUUGGCCUAUUUCUCUCCAUGUACCUGGUCACAGUGACUGGCAACAUGCUGAUUGUCCUGAUUAUCACCUCCAAUGCUCGCCUCCACAUUCCCAUGUAUUUCUUCCUUACCAACCUCUCCUUGACUGACAUAGCCUCUAUCUCUACCACGGUUCCCACGAUGCUGGAAAAUAUUUGGACUGAGAAUCAGACCAUCUCCUACAUUGAGUGCUUGACACAGCUUUAUUUCUCUAUUGUCUUUGUCAUGGUAGAUAACUUCCUCUUGGCCACCAUGGCCUAUGACCGUUAUGUGCCCAUCUGCCAGCCUCUCCACUAUGCCAUGGCCAUGUGCCCAGGUCUUUGUGCUCUGCUGGCCACCAUGUCUUGGAGCUUCACCAACUUGGUUGCUUUGGUUCACAUUUUGUUGCUAGCCCAGCUGCAGUUCUAUAGGGGCAAUACUGUUCCCCGCUUCUUCUGUGACAUGCCCCUGCUGCUACAGCUGGCCUGCUCUGACACUUACCUCAACCAGCUCUUGAUCUUGGUCUUGGGAGGCUUUGCCAUCCUUCUCCCAUUUGGACUCAUCCUGGCAUCCUACGUCUACAUCAUCAUGGCGGUCUUCAAAAUCCCAGCAGCCAAUGGCCAAUGGAAGGCUUUUUCUACCUGUGGCUCCCAUCUUACUGUAGUCACUCUGUUCUACGGGACCAUCAUUGGUGUUUACUUCUUGCCAUCCUCGACACACUUUGCUGGAGGUGACAAAGUAGCUGCUGUGAUGUUUACUAUGGUGCCUCCCAUGCUGAAUUCAUUCAUAUACAGCCUUAGGAACCAGGACAUAAAGAGGGCCCUGGGGAAACUGAGGUUCCAGAGGAGACCAUUUUCCUUGGUCAGGAAAUGCUGUGAGCUGGGCAACUGCUAGACCCGGAGCAUGCCCAUCAGCAGGGGACAACUUCUCUGAAGCAGCAUCUCCAGGUGAUAGAAUCUAGGACUGCUAGCCCUAGAAGCUGCUAUAGAGAUAUCUUGGUUUGAUCUUCUCCCUGCCAGAUGAUCUGUGUUCUCUAAUCUCGAUGGGGCUUCCCUUCAGAAAGGCAAUCCUCUUCCUUCUCCUGUCUGAUAGAUUCUCUAUCCUUUCACCCCUCAAAUAUUCCAAAAUUUCUCAUGUCUCCUUAAGCCUGCCACCCACUCAGCUGAGGGCUGUGCCUCAAAUAACAUUGAAAAAAUGAAGAGACUAUGUAUUUGAGGCUAUGCCAGUCUAACAUUGUUGCCUUUUGUGACAAUAUUAUUGAAUUCGUAGAUGAGGAGAAUUCUGUGGAUGAAAUUUACCUAGACUUUAGCAAAGGUUUUCAUAAAGUAUUUCAUACUCUUCUAGUGGGAAGAUGGAGAGAUGUGGAGUAGGAGAUAACAUUAUUCAAGUUGGAUGGCUGGACUCCAAGAGUUGCAAAUGGUUCACUGUCAGUGUGGCAGGAAGUCUCUAGGGGAGUGCCACAGGGAUCUGGGUGUGGUCCUGCACUCUAAUGACAUUGAUAUUAUGUUCAUACAUUUGCAGUUGACACAAAGCAAGUUGGCACACUAAAGGAUGGAGUGAGGAUCCAAAAGGACCUUGGCAGGCUAGAGUAUUGGACUACAUUUGAUGUCAUAAAAUUCAGUAGGAAUAAAUAUAAAGUCUUGCAUUCAGA